UAAAUAACUAUAUGUGUUUGCUGUCCUUGAGGUCAUCUGCAAAGGAUUAAAUUACAUAUUAAUAGAUCUCCACACAUUGCUCUGGUCUGCAAAUUCAAUAGAUGAAUGGAUUAUCCUCAGCUGAUAACUUCUUCAGCCCGCGGACGACGUUUGGAUAAGCGAUAUUUUUAAUGAGUUUUGGUGAUCAGUGGAAAGAAAGCCAUUAUUAGUGGAACCAGGCGUUUAGAAGCCAUGAACAUUUGGCUUUAUUUUGGGCUUCGCCAAUGCUGAGAAACAAGCUUGAAAAUGGAGCUGAAGAAACAGCUCUUUUUAAUAAAGCCAAGGCGAGUGCUCCUUUUGGGUGUUGCUUUCUCAACGUUACUCUUAUUGGGUUUGUUUUUCCCCACCUUAAGCGCUUUCAAUAUCCUUCCAAAAUGGAUGCAUUUACCCGGUUUCAUUCGGAUUUCGCAAACAUCUCAGUUUAAGAAUGUGGAUUUCACAGGAGAUGAUAUAGACAAAAUAGAUACUUUUUUUCUGAAUUCUUCGUUAAACCCAAAGAUCCUAAAUUCAUCUUCAGAGCGAGAGAUAGUUCCUCCAAGAAAUUCUAGUUCAUUUCAUCAUGUCGGCGCCCUAGGUCCAUCCUCAGACCUAAAUUCAUCUUCAGAGCGUGAGAUCGUUCUUCCAAGAAAUUUUAGUUCAUUUCAUGAUGUCGGCGCCCUAAGUCCAUCCUCAGAACAAGAGAUUGUGCUUUCAAGAAAUUUUAGUUCAUUUCAUGAUGUGGGGGAUAAACCAGAUCAAGAAAAAACCAAUGCCCCUGUAGAAAGAUAUGGCAAUAGUUCUAAGGAGCUUCCUACUCUCAGCUCAUUGGUUACUGCAAAUGUUUCGUUCACGGCUUCUACAAGCCCUCCGUUGAGUAUUGACAUAAAUGGAAGCAAUUCAGCUCCCUCAAAGCAAAACAUUGGAUCUGGAGAUGCAAAAGGAAGAGAAGAUCCUGUUGUGGAGAUUGUACCAACACGCAAGGGAAAUGAGGGAGGGGCAGCAUGUAAUCUAUUUGAUGGUAAAUGGGUCUUCGACACUUCAUAUCCUCUGUAUAGGACUAGAUCUUGCUCCAUUAUAGACGAGGCAUUUGACUGCGAAGGCAAUGGCAGGGCAGAUUUGAGUUACAUGAAAUGGAGAUGGCAACCUAAAGACUGCAAUCUUCCAAAGAUCAAUGCAACCCAUAUGCUAGAACAAUUAAGAGGCAAGAGGCUUGUGUUUGUAGGAGACUCAAUCAAUAGGAACCAGUGGGAAUCCAUGCUUUGUCUUCUGAGGGAAGCUGUUCCAGACAAGAGGCGGGUAUACGAAAUUCAUGGCCGGAGAAUUACGAAAGGGAAAGGACUCUAUAGCUUCAUGUUCAUGGACUAUCAUUGUACAGUUGAAUUUUAUGUCACACAUUUCUUAGUUCAAGAAGGAAAGGCUAAAAUUGGAAGGAAGAGGAGAUCAACUUUGAGAAUUGAUAAGAUUGACAAAACUUCCUCCAAGUGGAAGGGUGCUGAUAUUUUAAUAUUCAAUUCUGCACACUGGUGGACACACUCUAAAACUGCAGCAGGAGUGAACUACUAUCAGGAAGGGGAUCAAGUGCUUCCACGCUUGGACGUUCUAACAGCUUUCCGAAGGGCUUUGACGACAUGGGCUUCUUGGGUAGACACGCAUAUAGAUUCUAGGAAAACUCGAGUUUUCUAUCGGAGCUAUUCACCUUCACAUUUCUGGGGCGGGCAAUGGAAUUCUGGAGGUAGAUGUGAAGGGCAGUCCCAACCUAUCUUCAAUGAGACAUUCCUUGGUCAUUAUCCACAACAAAUGAGAAUAGUUGAGGAAGUAAUAGAACAAAUGAAGACUCCAGUAACCUUCUUGAAUGUGACAAGACUGAGUGACUUUCGGAAGGAUGGGCACCCCUCUAUAUACGGUAGACAGCUUGUCGAUAAAAAUAUUUUGAAUUCUAGAGGAAAUAUUCAGGAUUGCAGCCACUGGUGCUUGCCCGGAGUUCCAGAUACUUGGAAUGAGUUAUUGUAUGCCUUGUUAUUUUUUAAGAAGUAAAUAUUCAGGAUUGCAGCCACUGGUGCUUGCCUGGAGUUCCAGAUUCUUGGAACGAGUUAUUGUAUGCCUUGUUAUUUUUUAAGAAGUAAUCAUUUUCUCCUAAUUGAAGUUCAGAGGUGUUCAUACCCCUAUUGAGAACUUCCAAAUUUGGUAUAGCAUUCCAUAGACGUUAUAGAGUGGAUAGGAUUUCAUUGUGUUCAUGGCAGGAAGGUGACCUGCUGAUAACUAAUAUGCUCCCAUUGGUGUGGAGCCAUCAAGGAAGCAUGUGUAAUCUUAUGAAAAGUGGCAAUACCAGUAGCUGACUCUAGAAUAGAGAUUUAAGUU